AUGACAAGGGACCUAGAUCCCUGGCAGGCACUGCGACAGCUAGAGGUACCAAGCCCAGAAGUUCUCGAUGCAGCAGCAGAGGCGCUCAACGAAGCCCUGAUAGCUGCCACAGAAAAGGUAGUACCGAAGAGCGAACCAUGCAAGCAGUCAAAGAAAUGGUGGUCCAAGGAGCUGACAGCACUCAAGGACUUACUGUCUUCACAGCGGCAGGAGGCACGAGAAUGGCUUUCACGGUAUCAAGAUGAGAAUACUCAUUGGACAAAGCGGAUCAAGGCGACAGCGAAUCGACUAGCACGGGAGAUCAAGAAAGCGAAACGAGAAUGGGUCGAGAUGACACUGCAGGAGGCUACAUCCAAGAACGUGUGGGACGUGAACAAAUGGACGAAAGGGACUCGUCAAUACCCAUCGCCAGCAAUCCAGUGA